AUGCAUGACCGUGGACUAAGUGCCAAUGAUCGGAAACGUAUGGCGCUUGCGUCAGGACAUAUACCCCUUCCAGGGGGAAUGUCACCUCGGAUAGCCCGACGGGUGGCUCCUGGUCAGCCCAAACCCAAGGCCCAGCAGACCGUGGCGUCGGUCAGGAGGAACCUGAGCAUAGGCCGGGAGAUGAGUCGAGACUUUCUCACCCUGGCUUGCUAUAAUGCUAUAGCCACUGGUCAAAUGAGCAUUCUCAAGGCCAUAUACAAGACCGGCAAAGCACCCCAGGUGGAUAAGAAUGGAAACACUCCGCUACACGUGGCUGCUAAGUGUGGUCAACUGAGGUCACUGAGAUGGCUUCUCCAGCACUCCAAUGUCCCCCUUCUGGCCAAGAACGCCCGGGGGGAGACGUGUCUGCAUGUGGCAGCCCUACAGGGACAUCUCAAGUGUAUGCAGACCAUCAUUGUGUGCAAGAAGGAGAAACCAAGUAUUGCCGUCUCUGAGCGCGAUAACCUCGGCAUGACGGGGCUCCACCACGCCACCAUCGGCAACAGGGAACGUCUUGUACACUGGCUGGUUCAGGAGUUCGGGAAGGACCUGUGUCUGGUCAAAUCUUGUGACGGCGUCCUCGCCAUACAUCUCGCAGCUGCUGCAGGGGCAACCCCGGUCUUCUAUGCAGCCCAGGAGGGGCACCUAGAAUGUCUGCAAUACCUGGUUGAACACAUGGAUGGAUCUCUCAAAAUUGUAGCUUUUGAGGGGAUGACAGCGUUUCUGUCUGCUGCUGAAGGAGGCCAUCUUCACGUGAUGAACUACCUGCUGGAGAAGCAGGGUUCUGACGCUCUGCUGUCCACCACUAACGAUGGCGCGACCGUCUUUCACUACGUGGCCAGUACAGGCAACUUCCACAUCCUGCAGUACCUCCUGGGGAUUCCAAACAUUGGGGACCUGCUCCGGGUCACUGAUGCUUUCGACCGUAAUCCUGCUCACGACGCCGCCGAGAACGGCUUCGUGGAGUGUCUACGUAUGUUGGUGGAGGCGGGCAUCAGUCUGUAUCUGCCGGACAAGGAUGGCGAGACGCCCUUGUCCCUGGCAAUGAGAAGUGGCAACCCAAAAUGUGUACUCUUUGCCCGAGCCGUGGCCGACUCCACUAUGGACAUGGCGAGUCUCAAGAUGCUCAAAAAGAAACUAGGCUCCAAGUUUAACCAGAUCAGCGGCAUAGUGACAGUGCAGGCGUUGUCCAGGGAUGCUGCUAUAUGCUUCAAGAGGGACAGGAAGUCAAAUACCGUUGUCGUCUUCAGGAAACACGAGAUGAGCUGUGAUCAGAUCGGCCAGUUUACACAGGAAGAAAGACAAUUGCCGGCUUACUGCUGGGCGGACUAUCCAGAGACUGCUGGGGACCCGGGUCCUCAGUAA